AUGGCUUGUCACGAAGUCUACUCCGACGAGCUCGCUUGCCGGAAGUGGGGCUACGCUCUCUGGAGACCAGAUCCUGUACCUAGAGAGGUGCAAGGUCGUUAUUACCAUCAACGAUUGCCAGUAUCUCUCGGAGACGUAGGAUUCGUCCGUGACGGCGGCUUCACCCCUUUAUUCAACGUCCAUCUCCCCUCCGACGAUCCACUGCAGUCUCGUUACUUCCCAGAAGAUUUUGAACACAUACCGAAGCCGCGAUACAUACGUACGGACUGGCUAGACAAAGGAAUACGGUUCUCUCGGACGGUUCGCGUCGGGGGUAUGGAUGUCAAACUCCCACUGGGCCUCGCUCCUCUGACAGGACAAGCCUCAUUCAGCUGCCAUAAGACGCAAGGCGCCGUUCAAGUGAUCCCUAAAGAAGCAAUUCGCACAGACGCCCAUUCCCUACUAGAUUACAAGACGUAUAUCCUAAAAAACUGCGAGAGCUGGCUUGCUUUCGCAAACGGGCCAGGUUCAGGGCUCGAGCUCGAAAUGGAGGAUCUUAUUCUUGUGACGGGUUACGAUCUGGCUUCAUCCUGGGCUGUUGCUGCAUUCAUGCACAAUGAGGCUGACGCGGCAAUAGAGCUCCAGGUGAACACUGCUAUCGGAGCGGGCGGUGCAGGGAUGCACGUCUCUUGGAAGAACGAGUGCAAUGCGGAGCAUAACUGGGGCCCACGACCAGGUCUUCUAACUUCUAUCGAAGCGACGCUCUCACCUCUUUCCCAGGAUAGGACUUUGAUGGAAAAUCACGAGACGACAUCCAGUAGUGGGGAUGGGCAGACGGAGUCUUCGACGCGAGACCAAUGUAUAUUCCUUAGAGGGUAUCGUGUGAAACGCAGAGUGUUUCGAACCGUCAAGAAGAUUCGCGCAAUGGCUGGGCCUUCCGACCUACCCGAAGAACGAGAUGGCAAUAGUGACGCUGCCAUUCCUUCAAUAAACGAAACGCAAAACGAAGAAGACGUGUUCGAAGUCAGCCCGAUUGCGAAAAAUAGUGGUUACAAACCGCUGGUUGUCUCGUUGUUGGAUUAUAUUCUCGAGAAGUCCGAUGCUUCCAUAGCCAUUGUACACGACAAAGAUUUCGAACUGUUCGAUGAUGCUGUAUGCACCCCAUCCGGCAUCCGUCGUGAGCUUUCAAGUGGCAGCCUGUCCAUAGAUAUGCAAUCAACGGGCUUUUCGCAGAGAGUCGGAACGUUAUCAAGUGAACGAAAACACCGCAUACUGGAUCGAAGACACCAUAGGCAGCCAAUCACAAGCUCUCUACAACAGGAACAAGAGCUCGCGGUGCAGGAUCCGCCCGACACAAGAAUUAUAUGGUAUAUGUUCAGCACUGUCAUCUCUCUAUCGCUGUGGUUAGACCCUGCCGCAUUCCACGCUCUACUCAUCGGGAUCAACGCGUACCCGAGCCUUAAACAUGUUACACUACAAGGCGCUAUCAUCGACGUCCACGCAGUCUACACCUUCCUCACCGAAGACCUUGGGGUGCCGCCCUCGAACAUAAAGCGCCUAACCGCCAGUGACGCCACAAGAGCCGCCAUUCUUCGCGAACUCAAAGCUCUCGCUUCAAAUCCAUCCAUCAAACCCGACAGUCCGAUACUCAUCUAUUAUGCCGGCCAUGGAUCCUCGGGUCCUCCCCCAGCGGAGUGGAACGUCGAUGAUGCGAAAAUUGAAUACAUCGUCCCUUACGAUUGCUCAAAGGCCACGCCGGCAAUACCGGAUAGGACGAUCGCUGCGUGUUUGGAUAACAUCGCUAAGUCGAAAGGAGAUAACAUUACCGUCAUCCUCGACUGCUGCCAUUCCGGCUCCGGCACUCGCGACUCAAGUGGCGUCCAGCGCAUACGCUACGUUGAUCUUCCUAUCGAUACUAUCUCUCCGACGCUCGACAAGGAGAUCUGCGGUCCUGAAGCGGCCGCCCCUGGCAAGCUUGCCCGAGGCUCGACUCUUGCACCUGGGUUUCGCCAGACAGGUCUCGGUUCCCAUAUCCUUCUCGCAGCAUGCGGCUCGCGUGAAUCUGCGGCAGAAGACGAGAGGGGAGUCUUCACGCGUGCAUUGAUCAAGGCACUCCAGGAGAACUGGAGGAACGGGGUCACAUACAAGGAGUUAAUGAUGGUCAUCCCAGAAAUUUCUAAUCAACAUCCCCAAUGUGAAGGCAUAAAUCAGAGCCGUCAAAUAUUCACGACUAUAGUAGCUCCAGUCUCUCUUCUCGCCGCCGUUCGCAGUAAUACCUUCUCGGUGGCUAUCACUGCGCCAAACCGCCGUGUUUCUAUGGGACGCGGACGUUUACGCGGGGAUGCCAGUCGGAAGGAGACCGGGCAACAAUUUGGUCUAGAGUUUGGCGAGGGCUUGAAUGAGGAGGCAGAGAAGUUUAGAGAGGCCCUGGAUCGUGACAAUCAAUGUACUGUUGAACAAGAUCCAGCGCCGGCUUCAACAAUUUCGAACGAUCUACUCGUUUCUCUUGGCGGCCACGACAUUACAUUCGACGCUAUUUCCGAAACUCAUUCCAAGCUCGGCUUCAAACGGCUUCCAUGCACCGUCGCACACAAUUCUGAUCAUCUCAACUUCGUGCUAUCCGUAGCUACCAAUUUCUAUUUCCACCUCCGCCGCCAACCCCAGCGCAGUGUUAUCUCGAGGGAUGUCGUUCUCGAAUUCACGGAACUCGAAGAAAUUGCCGCAGACGAGGAUCUGGCGGUGCAGAAUUUCAGACCGUCGAGCAAGAACCUCAUUAACGAGGACAAUGAAGUGUACCUCGACAUAUGCAGCACGAUCGAGAAGCAAUAUGGGAUAAGAAUUACAAACAACUCUACCUCGGAUUUAUAUCCUGCGCUUUUCUACUUCGACAAUAGUGAUUUCAGUAUUCAGAGCUACUUUCUUCCACCUUCAUCCACUCAGGGUGGCAAACCCGAUCCACCUCUUCGAGCUGGGGAGUCGCUCAACAUUGGUUACGGAUCAGGUGGUGUACCUCCGUUCCAAUACUUCCUUCGUGAAGGGCAGAAGAUGGACCUGGGAUUCUUGAAGUUGUUUCUUACGAGAGCGUACGUCGAUCUUUCGAGUAUUGCGCAAGAGUCACCAUUUCUGGUGCAGCGUGGUGGUGGUGGUGGUGGUCGAGAUGUGCAAAGUAUUAUAGAGAAUAAGACAGUGGCUCAGAUGCCGCUGUCGUCGGCCUGGGAUCAAGUCACGAUUCCUGUCGUACAGAAGCGCGUAUCUUCACCAAUGUAG